UUCUUUUUUUCUAAUCUGAGAUGAAAUUGUCUUGUUGCAGCGCCGGAGUAAAAUAGGGGAUAACGAAGGGAAAUGUUGGCAACCCGGAAGAACAGCCUGCGAAUAAGCGCGUCUGUGCCGAGGAGGGAACAAAGGAGUAUUCAACUUCCUUUGAUGAUCCUAGCUUGAACUCCUCAAACCAACCUCCAAAAUGUCAAAACGGCCAUCUUAUGCCCCUCCACCUCCUCCAGCCCCCACAACACAAAUGCCUUCCACCCCAGGGUUUGUGGGCUACAACCCUUACAGCCAUCUGGCCUACAACAACCUCCGGCUGGGAGGGAGCUCCGGAGGCUCCAGCAGGAACUCCUCGGGCAUCACCGUCCCAAAGCCCCCAAAACCUCCAGACAAGCCCCUGAUGCCUUACAUGCGGUACAGCCGGAAGGUAAGCAGGAAGGUUUGGGACCAAGUGAAGGCAUCUAACCCGGACCUGAAGCUGUGGGAGAUUGGAAAGAUCAUUGGAGGAAUGUGGAGGGACUUGACUGAUGAAGAGAAACAGGACUACCUGAAUGAAUAUGAGGCUGAGAAGAUUGAGUACAAUGACUCACUGAAGGCCUACCACAACUCCCCUGCCUACCUGGCAUAUGUCAAUGCAAAGAACCGUGCUGAGGCAGCCAUGGAGGAGGAGAGCAGGCAGAGACAGAGUCGUUUGGACAAAGGAGAGCCCUACAUGAGCAUCCAGCCCGCUGAAGACCCUGAUGACUAUGACGAUGGUUUCUCAGUGAAACACACAGCAGCGGCACGCUUCCAAAGGAACCACAGGCUUAUCAGCGACAUCCUCAGUGAGAUUGUGGUGCCUGAUGUCCGCUCUGUGGUCACCACUGCCCGCAUGCAGGUGCUGAAGAGGCAAGUCCAAUCCCUUAUGGUGCACCAGAGAAAGUUGGAGGCAGAGCUGCUGCAAAUUGAGGACCGCCACCAAGACAAGAAAAGAAGGUUCCUGGAGACCACCGACUCUUUCAACACUGAACUAAAGCGGCUAUGCAGCCAGAAAGUUGAGGUGGACAUGGAGAAGUUAGCAGCGGAGAUGGCAGCCGCUGAGGAGGCAGCCAGACGCCGAGCAGAGGAGAGGGAGCGUGAAGCAGCUGAACAGGCAGAGAAAGCUGCCAAACAGGCACAGGAGCAGCAGCAACAACAACAGCAGCAGCCAGAGCAGGAGGCGGCAUCAAACAAACUUGUCAACAACAGCGCUGAGCAGAGCAAUACCAAUUCAAGUGGCGCUGCUAACGCUGCCUCGGCAAGUAAGGAGGAGGAAACACCCCUGGAGACAGAUGACACAGCACCUGCAGAGCCCUCCUUAGACCCCCAACCACCUCCACUUCCUCCAUCAGAGCCUUCUUCCUCCAUGUCUGACAAGCCUGCUCCUCCCCCCGAGCCCCCAAAGGAGAGUAUCACUACCACCAUCAAUAGCCCAAGUGAUAAUGGCAGCAGUACUGCACCCCUUCCGCCCAGUGAUGCCCCCCCUGGACCUCCAGCAACCCCAGACCCGCCACCAGCCCGGGAACCCAACCCAAGCAUGCCAAACCCAGCUGUAGCCCCAGCACCCCUCCCUGCCCCUGCUCCAACUUCAGAAGAACCAGCACCUCCUCCACCACCACCCCCACCCCCCAACCAAUAGCAUAAGAUAUAAUGAUUUGUCCAGAGCUUUGGUCAGGUAGAUAUAGAGUGGUAGAUAUUGUACCAGCCCCUUUCACCCUGCUGGUAUCAUCCAGUAGUAUAGCAGGAAUUCUUUCCCAAACUAUUUUUUUUCGAAGCAACAGUGCUACAGCAGUCCCGAGUGUGUAAAAAGCAGGACCCCUCUGGUGGCAUUUGUGUCUGGGGAAUGUGUUGUGGGGUAUGUAAUCAAGUUCAUUAAUCAGCUAAAGGUAUUUGAUGUGAGAGAGGUCCUAGGUAUUUGUAAUACAUUUUAUUCAAAUCCGGCAUCAUGUAAUAAGUGAAUAACAAACCUUUCACAAGCAAAAAAAUUUGAUAUUUGAAAGUCGGAAUUUCACUGGGUUUUUGCAGAUACAGUUAAUUCUGUUCAUUUUGCUUUUCGAUUAAUGGAGCAUAUCUUUGUUGAUAAGUUUGGCGAAUAAAAUGUCACCAAAGAGUAUACAAUUAACACCUCUGAGUGUGUGUUCCAGGCAGUGCUCAAGUCAUUCGUCAUCUUUUAAACGCAUCCCUGGUUGCUACGGAAAGAAGGACUAGAUGUUGACUUGCAAACUUCCAUCUGGGUACCACACUUAUGCAGUCAGUAUGGUCCAGGGCUAACUAUUGCUUGGUCAUCAAAUAACUUAAAGCGGCUGUAGACAAUUUUUCACCCCCCCAGCAUUUCCAGGUUUUUUUUAAAGAUUUUUCUUUUCACAUUUUCUGCCUUUAAUAGCUAGCGAGUCAAGAGAGACAGGAAAGGCAGGGGGGAGAGAGAGGGAAUGACAAGCAUCACAGGGCCCAGAUUUGAACCCAGGCCGCUGCAGUAAGGACUCAGCCCCAUGUGGUACGUGCUCUACCAGGUGAGCCACCAGGGCUCCCCUCGAAGUGUUGUUGUUGUUUGUGCCACUGUCACAAAGAAAACUGGAUCACUUUCCGCAGCCUGGCUACUGUCCAAAGCAAGCAACAACCGUAAGAAUCCCAAUUUGAACUAGAAAACCCGAUCUCAGUACUAUGAUAAAGGCAGAGUUAAACAUCUGGUAGUAUUGAUAAAAAAGGCAGGUUGUGUUACUUACUGAUCCAAUGGAAAGAAUGCCAACUGAAUGUCGGUUUGCAACCCUCUCGAGUCCCUGGUGUGGUAUCGAACUCUUGUUUCCCCGUUGAGAUCUGUUUCCUCCUAACCAUAGUUCGAUACAACACUGGGAUGCUUGAUUAACCUUAACCUAACCGCAACCCAACCUUAACCUAACACUUACCUUAAUCUAAUCGUAACCAAUGGUUAACCUGUUUCCACACAAAUGCUUUCAUCUGGCUACGGGGAAAGAGAUCUUGACCGUGAAACAGUUCAAUAUAACACCGGAGCUCGCUCUCAAGUGAAUGCCCGUUGAGGUUCACUCUUAUUUUACCUCUGUAUCACUCUCCCUCUUCGCCUCCUUUGCCUCCUCUGUCAACUGGGUUUCUUUAUCUCUUGCUGGGUAGAGUUUCCACUGUUAUUUUGGUUGUUUCACCAUCUGCCAUUUCCGCUACUGGGGAUAGCUACCAGGGAAAACAAAAGCACUAUCCUCUUCCUAUUUUGGUUGCGCAAUGGUUGACACACUUCCUUUGUGCUGUAAAUCGAGCCUUCAUUUUCCCACAAGAUUUUACCCAGUGGUUGACAAAAUUGCAUAGUGAAAGCGAGGCUUAUAGGGACCCAAUCUAAACACUGAUGGUGUCGUUACUCUAGCCAUUACAUUGCGAUCAACAUUUACUUCGUAGUAAGUUGAAAGCAAAAAAGUUGUCUGCUGCCGCUUUAACAUUUUCUGGUUUUGUUACUAUAGUUACUACUUUAGUCAAUCCACUUUUUAUAUACAUUUCCAAAGCUGGAUUCAUAUUCCUAAAUCUUUUUGGAAUAUGAUUGCUGGCCCAGUAUGUGCUAUCAUGCGCGUUAAACUCAAGUUAGAUUUUGAUAACCUCAGUGCUAUGAUAUGGUUGCCUUGCAACUGUCAGAGCAUCGGAUAUUAGCUGUUUGCUAGCUGUAGUGCCAACGGUUGUGCAGGGUAUGCUAAAUGUGACGUCUAGCAAUACUAGUAUCUGACCGCAUGCUAAAUUGCUCUGUCACUCAAAAGUUUAGAUGACAACCAAUGAAAUUGCAUGAUAGUAACCAUCAGGGCUUGUUUCUUUGGUUGUUGACACUAAGGUCUCUGGCAACCAAUUUCAUCAAUCUCCCAGUGGUUGGAAUGCAUGGUACUGGCUGGUGGUGGAGAUGUUCAUUAAGCCUAUUCCCCUAAUCCAAUCCCAGUGGACUUUGAUUGAACACAUUUCAGCACAAAAGUAAACAUUCAGCAGUCGCAACGAGACUGUCGAAAGUUCCAAUAUUUGGCACCCAAUUUUAAAACUCAAUGUUUAUCUUACCACCUUGUCAGUAUGCAUUUUUCACAAGGUUUAAUGCAUGUUUGUGAAAGUGUCCCUAUCGGGAGCCUUCCUUCCCAGUCUGCAUCCUGGUGGUAUGUGGUCAGCCUGGCGUGGACAAAUGUCAAUCCUUGAACCAGUCAGAACCCUGUGACCUUGAAGUAUUUAGUGUGUGUGUUUUUAAAUUUCCAUUUUGUUUCUACUUUUGUAAGCCCUUUUAGUUAAAUUCAUUAGAGCUGUUAGAUUGAUAUAUAAAUUCAGCUUUCUUGUAAAACAUGCACUCUUGGUGGAUGUCAUUUGUGACAUUUUAAGGGGGUGGUACAUCUUGUGUUCAGAAAUCCUGUACCAGUUAACACUGGGGAACUUGGAUCAUUUCCAGCACUUCAGGUCUAUUAUUCUAAUUCUUAUUGUAGACCCGCUUCAGUUGUGUAUGUUGUGUUAUUUGUAAGCUAUUAUCUAUUUACAACUGUCAAGCCACAUAACGUUGAAUUACACAAAUACUAUCAGACAUAGCAUCAACACCAUCUGAAGUCUUUAAAUCCUCCAAGUUCCGGAAACAGUACGAUGACAAAUGUGUCCUCGAGUGCUCAUUUUCAGUACAUCGUAUGUGUGUCAUUUGUUAUUGAUGCAUACUGUGCUGAAAGUGGUGCAAGAUGUAUUAUCCCUCAACCACAACAGCAUGCGUCACUGUGAAGUGUCAACACAAAUCAACUUUAAAUGCACUUGAGUGACUUUUUUAAACCAAGAUCCUGUUACCUCCGCCUGCACAAAGUUUGGACGUGACGUUGUCAACAUGACAGUUGUCCUGACAGUGUGUCACCUAUGACCUCAGCCAUGACAGUGGGCGUCUUUGGAAUCAUUCACACGACUAGUCGAGUUACUGUUGCAUAUAAAAGUAUUUGUUUCAAAAAAAUAACAUCCUUGUCAACAUGCCUUUGAACCAAUUAACCAAGCUCCAUAUUUAUGUGAACUACAAGUUCCUGUAUGAAAUAUUCAGUUAGCAUUUUAAAUUGAAAGAGCUGCUCCUGUAUGUAACUUAAACAGAGAAAUGGACACAACACUUAACUCCAGUGUAACCUCAGUCACGUGCAUCUAAAUGACUGUACUUGAAUCAGUCUUUUUAAUAUAUGCCUCUAAUUUUUUGCAUUUUCUUUUGUACUAAGAGUUCUCUGCCUAAAUAAAGCUGAUUCUCUG